AUGUCGCCCGCUGGAGGCACAGGCUCCCCCAGCCCGUACAUAGCUGGAACAGAUGAUCCGAUCCACGGCACCCGGUUUAACGAUUCUUUCGACGAUGCAUUUGCAGCCUCCGAGCCGUGCGAGUAUAACAACAACAGUCCCGACACGCUCCAAAGUUUAGACGCAGCUCGUAAAGGUGACGGGCAGUCAGAUCUCAGUACGUUCGAAUUCACAGGCUCACCAAACGACGGCUCCUUCCACGAAUACUCGUCCGACUCUGCCGAGUCUUCGAAAAGGGAGGAGCAGACUCCGCCCGAAAUCAGCGACGCAGUCAUGGACGGGAUUCUGGAUCCCGCUAUGGAGUGGCCUGAACCCGAUUCAUUUGACGCCCUGAUGGGCGACGAUACCUCAUUCAUCACCGACACUGACGCCUCGCACCUUCAUGGUCUUCAAUUUGAUUUCGGACACGAUGGGGACUCGAAUACCCAACAACCGGAUUUCUUAGAGGCUUCCAACAAGUCAACCAUCACUCCGUCCCAGACCAUGCUCUCUCUCGAUAGCCCCAGGACAGAUACCCUUAGUCUAGAUCAUCAACGGCAUAACUCGAAUCGUUCGCGAGAGGUUUCGCCCAUGGCUAAUACCGUGACGAGCCAUCAAUCCACACCUUCAGCUCUUUUCCAAACACCAUCCCCCGGAGCCAUGCCAGAUGCUCCCUCGCAUAACUUCUUAACCAAUGGCACGGGGAAUUCAAAAUCAAUGUGGGGGGGACAAGCGUCCUGGGCCGCACUGGAUAGUGUCUUUGCCACUAACAAAGUCGGGAUGAAUGGAGUGCAUCCCCAAGCACAGCAAACAUAUCGCUUCGGCUCUCAGCCUCUUCUUAAUCCCGGUCCUCCGCGCUGUGAACUUGUCAUCAAGGACACUCCUGCAAAAUCCCGAGUCGAAACUCAAAUCCGUCUCCUUAUGGUAAUCAAGAACCCACCCCCAGGGAUCACGAAACUGCAUCUUCCCACGCAUACAAUCUCAAAACCGAAACUUCAAGUCAGACCGCCACCAGCUCCCUCGCCGGAUAUGCUUGAAUUGUCCGUUUCUUUGGUAUGCACCAGUGCCUUGGCACAAGCGGAAGUGAGACAAAAUGCACUCCGUAGAGCUGUAGCUAACCCCCAGCGUUAUCUUCCACCUCCUAAUGAUGGAUCUCAACACUCGCCGCAGAAUGGGGCUGAAGUGCGGAUAUGUGAGAACUGUAUGGGACGAGAGCGGAAGCGUGCUGCGAGGAAGAAGGUGAAGCAAAUAGAUGCCGAAAAGGCAUGGGCCGAUGACGAGGCACACCGCGUUGUCGUGUUCAAUACUAAUGAAGUACGAGAAUGGAAGCCGGAUUCUGACGACAAAGAACGCCAUCUAAAUGGGGCCAUGGUGAUCGAUUGCCCUACUCGAAUUGCCUGCUAUUGUCGUCACCAUGGGGAGAAGAUGGGAUUCAACAUUAUCUUCACCUUGAAGGAUUAUAAGGGCAGAUUUGUUGCUCAGACAAUGUCCCCGCCAAUCAUGAUCACCGACGACCACAAGACAGCUCCGUUGGCAUCUCUGAAUCCACAAUCUUCAGUGUCCGAGCAAACAGAAUUGGCAGCCUUAGGGCCCUCAGCUCCCAAUGGAGUCUUCCAUCACUCACCUCCAAGUCAGGAGAUGGCGGCUCAGCAUGCGCCAAUGCCUCCUGUGCGAACACCCCCAUCUAUGAACGCGAGUAUACCCUCUCGAGUACUAUCACGCCCUGCAUCUCCAUCUCAAGGAGGCCGUAUGGCCAAGAAGAGGAAAUCAAGCACGCCUAGAGUUCCUAACGAAUUAGCCAUGACGAAGCUCGAACACUCGCCAGGACCGCAGGGCCAAACCCCUCAAUCAGGGGCAGUCUCACCCUUCCACACCAACGCCAGCAACUUUUCACAGCCAGAGCCGAUAUUUGCUCAACCCAAUGGCCAUUUGCCAUUCGCUGCGAACCCACCUACUCCCGGCUCGGCCGAGCAGACUCCGUUUUUCGGUACUCACAGGUCUUCAAGCAUGGACAACCUCGCCAUGGCACAGCUAUACUCUGCGCCUCCCUCGAACCAUGCCAGCCGUGCGCCUAGUCCGAAUGGCCUGAGAAAUGGUUUACAAACCCAGGCGCAAGCUCCGCUUACACAGACCAUGGGUCCUGGCUUAUUAUCCAUGCCUAUCAGCUCCCCGCCUCCCCGUCAACCCCAUAUGAUUCACAAAGUCAUCCCGAACGAAGGUCCAAGAAUGGGCGGAGCCGAGGUCACGAUCCUAGGAACCGGGUUCUUCCAGGGCUUGGAUGUAUAUUUCGGCAAUGUCAAGGCCGUCACAACAACCUUCUGGGGAGAAUCAUCAUUAGUCUGCUUACUCCCUCCUUCGCCAGUCACAGGGCUGGUGCCAGUAACCUGCCAGCAUAGCAGCGGGUCAACAUCCCAGAGCCUUCCUUUGAGCAACAAUCCAGUCUUCUUCCGGUACAUUGAUGAUUCGGAAAAUCAACUCAUGCGCCUGGCUCUACAGUGUGUUGGCGGCAAACUUACGGGUGGUGAUAUUGAUGUUAGCGCCCUGGCCCGCCAGCUCAUUGAUAGAUUCAAUGCCCAGGGUGGGGGUUCGUCGUCAGGAGAUGUAUCAUCAGCACCUGGAGGAGCCAUGUACAGCCACACGUCCAAUGGCAUCCUAGAAUCACAGCUCCUCAAGUGUCUGGAUGUAAUUGAUCUGGAUGACAGCCCACACAAGGCUGACCUGGACAGGCAAUGCUCGACUGGACAGACUAUGCUCCAUCUGGCCUCGUCUAUGGGUUUCCACCGAUUCGUGGCGGCACUGAUUGCCCGAGGUGCAAAUCCCAACGCGGUGGACAAUGGCCAUUUCACUCCUCUCCACAUUGCUGCUCUUCAUAAUCAGCCCGAUAUUGUUCGGCGACUGAUUCUCGCAGGGGCUAGCACAAAGCGCCGCAGCUUGUCUGGCCUCGUGCCGCUCGACAUGGCCAAGACAACUGGUGUCUCACGCGCUAUCCGUCUCUCGCAGCGCCAUACUCGGUCUCUUAGCGGAGGCUCUAUCCGAAGCAGAACUAGCAGUGCGGGCUCAUUACACUCGCUAUGGGAACCCCUCAGUCGUGUCAAGACACACGAGGAACCUCUUCCUCUGGAGUCGGGCGAAGAAAGCCCCGAAUAUACUUCCGGUGAUUUCGAGGAUGAGGAUCCUGAUGAAGAUACAUACUUGACAAUGCGUCGCCCAAGCGCUCUGAAGCAGGAUGUCGAUCGGUCUCAGGUCCUUGGUGAACAAGCAGAGGCAAACCAGGAUCCAGCCUCCCAAGCAAACGCACUGGGAGCAGCGCUCAAGGAACAGGUUCAGCAACAGUUACAACAAUUCCAACAGACCAUGGCUCUGCACUUGCAAAAUCUACCCCAGUUCCCUCAGAUUCCGCAAAUGCCUGCUCUGCCAGGCAUGCCCAUGCUCCCCGACUACCAAGCCUAUCUGCAACCCGCUCCUUUCAUGCGACGGAUGACUCAGUAUAUGCCUGGUAUGUCAGGCGGCCGUCCAGAAUCAGAGGAUGGCACUGGCAACAAGGUCGAUCAUCGCUGGUGGGAUUUGUCAUCAUACAGAAACACCAACAGCAUUCCUCCUCCAUCUUACGAGGAGAUCUUCCCAGAGAAAGAUCUUGAUGUAAAACAAGCUUCUGCCCUUCAGGCCGCUGUGGAAGCCGAAGCGGACAUGAAGUGCGCAACAAUCUAUGAUCAGGCGUCAUCAUCAACCACCACAAUUGCACAAGAAAGGACCAAGGUCCCCAGUGUUUUGAAGAUUGGCCGCAAGAACGCCAUCACCAAGGAACAACAAGAGCAACUUCUCAGGGCCCGCGAAGAAAGACUGAAGAGAUUAAGCAACGACCGUAAUCUCUUCUUCAUCUGGAUCCCCUUACUCCUGGUAAUGGUUUGCGCCAUGAUCUACAGCUACUUUCCAGCACUCUUUCCCUUGGUUUGGAGCAUUGUCUCAAGCUCAUGUCUCUCCGUUGCAAAGAGGGCACAUUCCGCAUUCUCUAGAUUACAAGCUGGCCCCACGGAUCGCGUGGUCGAGGUUUAG